AUGAUGUGUUAUUUGAAAGUCAUCAUUAUCUUAAUGACUUGCAACAUGAUGGUAGACUGCGCGCCAAGGGUCCCUGAAAUCAUAGAAUGGAACGUCGAAAAUCAUUUUUGUGGGUCAUCUAUCCCAAUUGUUAUGGGGCUAAUUUGCAAACUCCCCGAUAUUCCUGUACAGGUUGUUGAAGAUACUACUAUUAAUCAAGGGACUCGAGUACGACGUGGUAUCGUAGAUGAUUGCUGUAGAAGUGCUUGUACUCCAAUUUACAUGCAAUCAUAUUGUCACGAAGAACUAGAAAGGGUUAGCACAGAUAAACCGAUUAUCAAAAAUCAUAGAAGCCGUAGAACACCAACAAUACCAAAAGAAAUAACUUCAAGAAUAGCAAAAGGUACUAAUAGUCAUUACAGCACCAGCACCAAUAUAUACAACUAAAAAGACUGAAGUUUAAGAUAGACACAAGCGCAAUAACAAA